CCAUCCACCACAACGGAUUUCACGGCCAUGAGCGCCACCCGCGGCCGCUCCCCGGAACGUCGCAGCUUCACCUUGGAACGCUGGGCGCCCUCACGCCGCGAGAAGCGGAAAUACGCGUCUUUGUUCCAGCGAUCGGACUGGGAUUAUGAUGGCCUGAUCAGCCAAAGUGAAGCCUUUCAGUUGGCUCAGCGUUCAGGACUCGAUCCCAGCACUUUGGAGACAGCCUGGAGCCUGUCUGAUGUUGAUCGAGAUGGGACCUUGACCUACCAUGAGUUCUUUUGCUUCAUUCACCUGAUCACCAGCGUGACGCGUGGGGCCCGCAUGCCCAGUUUGCAAGAAGGCCUGCCACCGCAACUCUUGGAAUCGCUGAUGAACCUGGAACCCUUGGAGAUCCUGGUGGCGGAGAGGGAGGAGAGCCGGAGUCGCAGCCGCAGCGUUUCUCCGAUGCCCGGAUUUCUCUCGGGUCCAACGCCUGGUGGCACCCCUCGAGGACACGAACAACGCACCUUCACCGAAGCGCGAUGGGCGCCCUCGCGCCGGGAGAAGCGGAAGUAUGCGUCGUUGUUCGAGCGAACCGACUGGGACAAAGACGGCUUCAUCAGUCAAAGCGAAGCUUUCCAGUUGGCUCAGCGUUCAGGACUGGAUCCCACAACCUUGGAGACUGCUUGGGGUCUCUCAGAUGUCGAGCGUGACGGGAUGUUGACCUACCAUGAGUUCUUUUGCUUCAUUCACCUGAUCACCAGCGUGACGCGUGGGGCCCGCAUGCCCAGUUUGCAAGAAGGCCUGCCACCGCAACUCUUGGAAUCGCUGAUGAACCUGGAACCCUUGGAGAUCCUGGUGGCGGAGAGGGAGGAAAGUCGCAGUCGGAGCCGCAGCCGCAGCCCGUCUCCGGCCAUCCCCAGCUUCCUGCCCGGCACGCCAGCGGUGGGAACCCCUCGUCCAAGUUCGGCCAAAGCAGCUCCGGAGCCCACUGGAUUUGCAGCUCAGGCCCCACUUUCGCCCGACUCUGAGCCCAGUCAAGCUCAGGGUUUUCCAUCCCAAUCUUCAGCUGCGGAUGGAUUUUCUGCUGCCUUUGGUCCGGAUGGAGCUGGAAGCUUAGCUGCCUUCAACUCCGGUGGUUUUGGCGAAGCCUUUGGAGCUGAAGCAUUUGGCGAUGCUUUCGGGGGACCCACCGGUGACGGCUUCGGAGCUGAAAGUCGCAGCGAAUCGCCCAAGAAGAAAGGGAAGGAGGCGAUUUCCACCGACUUUUUCCAGGAGACCUUUGAUGAUCCCUUCCGCACCUCCCAGACCCUUGCGGCCCUUGCGGCUGAGGGAGCCGAUGAACGCAGCCUGCAAGAACUGGCGCGGCGCUUCCAGCGGACCUUGGCAGCGGAUCGCGAGGUGUCCAAACAAAUCAGCGAAGAGAUGCACGUCUUGGCGGAAGAACUGCGCAUGGUCCAGGACGCGGCACAGCAAGUGGAGCAACAGAAUGCGCAAGAGGCUCGACAGCAACAACAAUUGGAUGGCGAGCAAAAGGGUUUGACGCAGCAACUGGCAGAGCAGCAGCAUCGGUUGAUGGAGUUGAGGGAUGAGAGCCGGGCCUUGAACUUGGAGAAUUUGUCGAUGCGAAGAGACCGGAAGCAUUUGUCCGAAGAGGUGGAGUUUCUUCAGAGCACUGUGGGCAGUGAGAGACGAGCGCUGGAGAGCCUGGAGCAUAUGAAUCACAUCUUUGAUUCAUACAACAAGGAGAUGGAGGCCACCGCGGAGCUGCUCACACGACAGCGGAAGGAGCUGCCUGUGGCCAAGGAGCAGCAGCAGCUGCGGCAGGAGGAACGGCACAACAACGAGCUGCGAAACCUGUUGGAGCGAAGGAAGCGCGAACACGCGAGCCUCGUGGCGCAGCAACAUGAAGUGCACCAGAAGCACCAACUGAUCCGAGCCAUGCAAUCAGACGACAUCGUUGCGGUGAGCGCCUUAAAGACCAUGGCACCCCCCGAGGGACACACCUGGGCCACAUCGCUGCUGAAAGAUCGGAAGCUUUGAGCUGCGGAUGUUAGCGGCUAAUGACUCCGUCUCACCGAAAGCUGACAAGUGUCCUUCAGUUGACCUUUGUUGC